AUGGCCGAGGGUGACUGGAGCAGUGAGCGCCGGCUUUUCGCACAGAAUGCGAUGAGUGGACGGGACGAUGCUGACGGAUUUCCCUCGGCAUCACCUCGACAAAAGCUGUCUCCUUUGGGCGCGAUUCGGUUGCAGUUUCGAGUCAGUCUCGUCGACGCCCCGGCAACAAUGACGGGUUCCGAUGCCGGACCCAUUGGAGAGCUGGUGGGUAGCAUUGCCGCCAUACUCAUGACACAGGCUCGAGUCCCGCUGGAGGCGCUGAGGAAACCAGUUCACUUGAGGCUGAAACGUCAAUCCACUCGCGUCAAAAUGACAUCCAAUGGCGUUGAGAACAAAGUGUUUGCUGAAGAGAUUCGAAGCUCGAUUCGACCAGAAGAAGACGAAGGCAGAUUCCUUUUGACCAGCUGUCGAUUGGCUGUACUGGGCAGAAACGAAGAAGAUGUCGUUCUUUGCGUUCAGACCGUUUUUAUUCCCAACUUCCUUACUUGUUCACCUCUUCUUUUAGAGAGAAUGCACAAAGGUGAAGACAAAACAUGA